AAACUAACCCACAGAAAAGAGGGAGAGAGAACAAGUCAACCGGGUUUAAGACAAAUAAUUUAUUAAACAAUGCUAACUUAACUAUCGCAAUCAGAUAGUACAAGAGGUGCCUUCCUUUGAUUGCUUCGACUCUCAUCAUCCUCGCCAUCAUCACCAGUAUCAUCAUAAUCAUCAAUAAUAUUAACGUCAAUCAGUGGUUCUUGACUUUUGUGUUUGCUCUCAUGUUUCCUUUAUGAUCUGUUUCAUUUCAUUUUAUCCUCUAAAUUAUUUGGUGAUUGAUUUGAUUUAUAUUUGAUUUUUGUGUGUCCUCUCCAUUCGGAUGGAGCAUUUCUGUGGUCACAAUUUUUGGGACACUCAAUUAACUUGGAAUACCUCACAUCCACUUUUUACUCCAUGCUUUGGUGAAACCUUGUUAACAUGGGUUCCUUGUGGUUUCCUAUGGAUAGUUGCGCCUUUUGCACUACACAAAUUAAUCCGAUCACCAAACAGGAAUAUACCGUGGACUCUACUAAAUUUUUGCAAAACAAUAUUAGCAAUUUUAUUAAGCGCAUCUUCUGCUGUCCAGUUAAUCUAUGCCAUUGUUGAAUUAGUUAAUGGAAAUCAAGUCCAUCCAGUUGAAUAUUACUCGCCAUUUAUCAGCUUUUUAACAUUUAGUCUGUCAACUAUAUUUAUAUUGCUUCAUCGUCGCAAAGGUGUUCAUUCUUCUGGUGUCUUGUUCAUCUUUUGGCUUCUUUUCACUGUCGGGGCAUUAAUUUAUUAUUGGACGAUAAUUGAUACUGUUAUUAACCCGGACAAAUAUUGGACGAUUGACAAAAUCACUUUUAUAAUCCGCUCAAUUCAAACACCAGCUAUUCUCUGUUCUUUCUUGCUGUCAUGUUUUGCUGAUACGCGAAGGGAAUAUUUCACUGCCGGAGAAGAUUAUAAGAAUGAGUGUCCGCUUCUACGAGCUUCUUUUUUCAAUCAAAUCACGUUCUUCUGGUAUGACUCUAUGGCAUACUUGGGCUUCAAGAAAUCUCUCACUCAAGACGAUAUGUGGGAUCUUCCGGUGGAUAACAAAACAGAGAAAAUUUAUGAUAAAUUUCGUCGAUAUCUUGAAGAUGCCAUUUUGUACUCAUUUAACACUAAACAGAAAUAUCAAAGUGGAAUUGUUAAUUCCAUCGAGGAUUACUCCAUUAUCAGUGUCAAUGUUGUUCUUCCUCUGUUUAAAGCUUUUUGGCCUCAGUUAAUGGGAUGUGGUGUCAUUAAAUUAUGUUCAAGCUUUCUUACGUUCGGUAAUCCUCUUCUUUUGGAUCAGCUGAUUGCUUUUGUAGCCAGUGAUGAUCCGAAUUGGCGGGGUUAUGUUAUUGCGUUAGGAAUGGCUAUUUGUGCACUUCUUGAAUCUAUGUUAAAUGGGCAGUACGAGUUCUGGAUUAAUGUUACUUCAAUGAGAAUGCGAGCUGCUCUCAUUGCUAGUAUUUAUCGAAAAAGUUUAAAAUUAUCUAGUGCAGGAAGGAAAGAUUUUACUGCUGGUGAAAUCGUCAAUAUAAUGGCUGUUGAUACUCAAAGAGUUGUUGAUUACAUAAACAUUUACAACCUUCUGUGGUCUGCUCCAAUUCAAAUCUUCAUUGCCCUUUAUUUAUUGUGGAACCAGCUAGGCGUUGCUUCAUUAGCUGGUAUUGCUGUGAUGAUUAUUUUAGUUCCUGUUAAUGGUUUUAUUACUGUUAAACUGAAAACUUUGCAAGGUCGAUUGAUGGCUCAAAAAGAUAAGCGAACAAAAUUAAUGAGUGAAAUUUUAAACGGCAUCAAGGUUCUUAAAUUGUAUGCUUGGGAAGGAGCUUUUGGAGAACAAAUAACUAAUAUUCGUAAUAAAGAAAUAACGGCCCUUCGAGGCCAAGCAAAACUAUCCGCCGGAAUUGUUUUCGCAUUUUCGUGCGCUCCUUUCUUUGUCGCCUUUGCAAGUUUCUGUACUUUUGUGUUGAUCGACUCCUCCAAUAUUCUAGAUGCAAAUAAAGCCUUCGUUUCACUUUCUUUAUUCAAUAUACUCCGAAUACCUCUUGCACUUCUUCCUAUGGUCGUUUCUUAUGGGGCGAAUUUUAUUAUUUCAAUAAAACGUAUCAAUAAAUAUCUUCAAGGAGAUGAGAUAGACCCAGAAACUAUUCAACAUGAGCCGAAUCCGCAUACUCCAGUUGUUUUAAGAAAUGGAACUUUUAGUUGGUCCAAAGAUGAUUCUUCUGUUCUCAAUGGUAUUACGCUCGAUAUCAAAGAUAAAAGUUUAGUUGCUAUUGUGGGUCAAGUUGGAAGUGGAAAAUCAUCCUUACUGUCAGCUCUUCUCGGUGAUCUUUACAAAACCGAAGGAUAUGUGAAUGUUUAUGGGAAGAUUGCUUAUGUCCCUCAAUCAGCUUGGAUCCAAAAUGCUACUGUUAGACAGAACAUCACAUUUUCACAGCCAUAUAUUGAAGAGAAAUACAAUAAAGUAUUGGAAGCAUGUGCUCUAACACAGGAUCUGAAAAUAUUAACUGGUGGAGAUUUAACAGAAAUCGGUGAAAAGGGCAUUAAUUUAAGUGGCGGUCAAAAACAACGAGUCAGUCUUGCUAGAGCAGUUUACGCAAACUCUGACAUUUAUUUCCUCGAUGAUCCUUUGAGUGCAGUUGAUGCUCAUGUUUCCCGUCACCUUUUUGAUAAAGUCAUUGGUCCAACUGGAAUGCUAAAAAAGAAGACCAGAAUUUUAGUUACCCACAGAGUUACUUUUCUACCUCAAGUUGAUGAAAUUAUUGUACUUAAAGAUGGUCAAAUUACUGAACAAGGAACAUAUCAUGAAUUAUUAGCUAAAAACGGUGAAUUUGCUCAAUUUUUACUACAAUUUGUGAGUGAGCAACAUGAAGAACUUGCAGAAGAAGACAAAGAAAUAAUCGAACAGUUAAAAGAAAAAAUGGGUCCUGAGUUUGAAAAAAGAGGAUCUAUUGUUAGAUCAGAAACUCUUUCCAAUAGCUCAGAUGGAAUUCGUAGACGAACCAUGUCCAAUGCCUCACGUCCAUCAACCAAAAAAGGUAACACUAGUCGAAGUAUGUCACAGUUACGAGAAGAGCCUGAAUCGACCAAAGGAAAUGGUGAAAAGUUCAAAUUAGUUGAAACUGAAGUCGCUCAGACAGGAAAAGUAAAAUGGGGAGUUUAUUGGGAGUUUUUUAAAGCUUGUGGCCUGGUUUCAUGCUUGCUUGUAAUUUUAGCUUUCUGUUUAUCAAGUACUUUUAACUUACUAUCGAGUCUUUGGUUGACUGAAUGGAGUAAUGACUCUCUUAAUCCAGCGGCUGCUAAUGAUACAACUCUCAGAAACAUUAGGCUUGGUGUUUAUUUUGGUCUUGGACUAUCGGAGACAACAUUUACAUUAACCAAUAGUAUUAUACUGAACUUUGCUAUUCUCAAAGGCGCUAGACUUAUCCACGAAAAGAUGCUUCACCGAAUGAUUAGAGCACCAAUGUCAUUUUAUGAUACAACUCCGUUGGGUCGAAUACUUAACCGUUUCACAAAAGAUAUUGAUGUUGCUGAUGUCACUCUCACUUUCAAUAUCCGUCUCCUGAUAUCACAAAGUUUUCGAGCGAUCGUAGCUAUCAUUGCUAUAUGUUUAGAGACUCCUUACUUCUUACUUGUUGUUAUACCGAUUGGCUUUGCGUAUAUUUUUGUCCAGAAAUUUUACAUAUCUUCUUCCAGACAAUUGAAAAGAAUUGAAUCAGUCACUCGAUCACCAGUUUACUCGCAUUUUUCGGAAACUGUCUCUGGAGCUACAUCUAUUAGAGCUUAUGACUGCAGCGAAAGAUUCAUUAAUGAGUGUUAUCACAGAGUUGAUAUCAAUCACUCAUCUUACUUCCCCAAUUUAGGCUCUAAUAGAUGGUUAGCGGUUCGGCUCGAGUUUCUUGGAAAUCUAAUCGUAUUUCUUGCAGCUAUUUUUGCCGUGACUUCACGUGGUACUUUAAGCCCUGGUUAUACUGGACUUUCCGUUAGCUAUGCUUUAACUGUCACUCAAGUAUUGAAUAUGUUGGUUCGAGCUGUAUCUGAUGUUGAAACAAAUGUAGUUUCAGUUGAAAGGUGUUUGGAAUACACUAAAACUCCAAUGGAGGCACCCUGGGACUUACCACACAAGAGAACCUCAUCAAAUUGGCCUGACAAUGGACAAAUUGAAUUCAAAAAUUAUAGCACUAGAUAUAGACCAGGUCUCGAUCUAGUAUUGAAAGACAUUUCUUGUACUAUUAAACCAAAUGAAAAAGUUGGUAUAGUUGGUCGAACUGGAGCUGGUAAAUCUUCUCUUACAUUGGCUCUAUUCCGAAUCAUUGAACCGUCUGGAGGAAGAAUAGAAAUUGAUGAUCAAGAUAUUUCUCAAUUAGGUCUUCACAAUCUUCGCUCAAGACUCACGGUUAUACCUCAAGACCCUGUUCUAUUUUCUGGAAGCUUCAGACGUAAUUUCGAUCCAUUCGAGAAGCACACCGAUUCAGACAUUUGGAAAGCUUUAGAACUUUCUCAUUUGAAAGGCUUUGUGGAUUCUUUAGAAUCUGGUCUCAAUUAUGAAAUCGCCGAAGGCGGAGAAAAUUUAAGUGUUGGACAGAAGCAGUUGGUUUGCUUAACUAGAGCUUUACUUCGUAAAAGCAAAGUUUUAGUUCUUGAUGAAGCUACUGCAGCAGUCGACAUAGAAACUGACGAGCUUAUCCAAGGAACGAUUCGUAAAGAGUUUUCCGAUUGCACCAUUGUAACCAUUGCUCAUCGUUUGAAUACAAUUAUGGAUUAUGAUAGAAUAAUUGUAAUGGAUAAAGGAACAAUUAUUGAGUUUGAUUCACCUGCAAAUCUUCUUAAAGACACAAAGUCAAUCUUUUAUUCGAUGGCAAGGGAAGCAAAUCUAAUAUGAUGAAUAAUUAGUCAUCUUUUCAAACACGCAAACUCGCACCAAUACAAUACUUUGAUGUCGCCUUUUCAAUUAUGUUUGCAACUAAUCAUCUUUGGAGUUAUUGAUCAAGUAGUUUCCAAAUUUAGCUCAUUUCUUCUAUUUCGUGUCUCGCUGGACUUAUCUAGUCUAUAAUAAUUUAAGCAAUAACAUCUCUCGAUUUCCUCUACGACUUCACCUAAUUGAAGAAUAGCUGCUCAAUCAUCUUUACUGCUCUCUAUCAACCUCUUUAAGUUCUUCCUUUAUAAUUUUUAUCAAGUAAAAAUCAUGUGGCCUUUUCUCAAAUAAUAUGUUAUAAUGAAUCAUGAUUAGGAUUGAAUUUUAAACCAUAAAGCAUAAAAUGAUAGAAAUAAUAAGAUUUCUAAAUCUAGCUCUUUUCAAAGUAUAGCUAGUUCAACGCAAAAGGCUAUCUUUGUGUUGAAUCAAACACCAACUUGCUUGAAAAUCAUAAUCAUCUUUCAAAAUUUCAUGUUAUGAACAAUUAGUUGACAAAUCAUCCGAUAUUCCUCUGAAGGUUCUCUAUUGUAUAACUUAAGCUUGUUUUCCUCUUUAACCGAGUCAUAUUUUUUAUACCUUUUAACAAAUAAUCAUAUUGUAUGUUAUUAUAAACGUUUAUAAACAUUUUAAAAUAUAAAUAAAAUUAUCUUCUAUGCUUA